GUUCCCACUAGUUUUAGCUUGUGAAGGGCAAGAACUCAAAGGGUUUUUGCGAAAGCAAGCAACAAACAAGACACUGGGGAAACUUAUGGCGAGUGGUGGAACAAAAGCCUUUAGGUUUCAUCCCAGCCCUAGGAUGAUUCCACAUGCUAUCAGACCAGAAGUUCAACAUGUUAAGCUUUUGAUUGAAACAUUUGUUCACCGUGGGAAAAAACCAAAUGAUGUUCACCCUCUCCAAAUUCCUGUACUGGCAAAUAAACUCAGUGACACUGAAAUCAAAUUGCUCGCAAAAUAUUUCAACAACUCUGGAGAGAGCUUGUGGAGGCCAUCGUUAAUUGCAUUCCGUCAUCUCCAGGCAUUUCCAUCUAGGGUGCAUCGUGUACCACAUUCAUUUCGAACAGAGAUGCUAAUAGAUGCAAUGCAACAUUUGGAAGGGUUAUCAUGUUCUAGUAAUUUUGAAGCUUUAAGUGAGGUUGGAACUUCUAGAGCUCUGUACAUGGGAGGCAAAGCUGCAGAACCAUGUGAAAAUGGCAAAGCUGAGGACCAGCCUGACCCAUAUGAAAAUUGCAACGAUCUGGACAUACUUGGUUGUUCACCUGAAGAAGAGUGUGAGAUAUUAGAAGAUGAUAAAUAUUCAGUUCCAGUCAAAACAAUGGUUGUUGAAGGGAUGAAUUCUGUGAAUGAAUUGACAGGGGAGAAUUCCCAUGCCCACCUCUGUCUAUUUGACUCGGAGCUUGUAAAGGUUGAUAAUCUAGGAAAUGUUUUAGUCUCUUCGCCACAACUUUCUAUCAAAGCAGCAGCUUCUGAGUCUAAAUGUGUGGGUCCUGACGUGAUGGAAGUGAAACUUCCAACAGAAGAUGUUUGUCACUGGAUGGAUUCCAAUGAUCUUAUCCAUGAAAACACUAAGGAGUUGAAAGGAGAAUUUGCUGAUCAUGGAGAGAGAAUGGACGAGGACAUUCUGGUAUCCAGGUUAUGCGAUGUGGAUGAAUGUCAACUACGUUUCCAGUCAGAACGAGUUCUUCAAACUCCUGUUUUCCAGGUAAUGUCAAAAGAUAAUAGAGCAGUGAAGCAUCCUGAAGCAAUAAUAACAGUUAAAACAGACAAUUUAUUGAGUGAAGAAUUGAGCAAUGACUCCAAAGAUGUGGAGGCACAUAGUCCACGGCUAACUUACUUUAUUACGAGUGGUGUUGUUCCAGAGUCUCCCAUAAAUAGUCCAGCAGAGAUAGAGAAGAAUGUUCAAAAACUGAAUUCGGAAGGCUUAGUGGCAUCCUUGCUACAGGAUAAGAAGGUCAACCAUUGUGGUACUAGUGGGGAAGAUGGUCUUCCUUCACACGUUACAAGUUCAACUCCUUUACAAAAAGGAGAGGGAUCAAGAACUUCCAUGUCUUCCCAUUCAAAUAGUAAUUGUAUUAAACGAACUCCUUAUGCAAAACUGUCGAGCCCAAGCUGCAGCAAAGACUGGCUUCUAGAAUCUCAACACAUGUCAGAAAGAGCUGGUGUAAGGAACAAGUUUAGAAGGUUGCGCAAGCUAGGUGAUGGUUGUAAAGAAAUAUCUCAAGAAUACACAGAAAAAAAUAACGUUUCUCCCCAAAAAGUGGUAGGCUCUUGUUUUACGUCCAACAGGGCUGUGAGUCGUGUAACCAGGAGGAAGCACAGAGGUGAGAUGAGGCAAGUAAAAGAUGCUAGGGCAUUCCUUGAAGUGGAAGCUGAGGUUUCUUCAGAAGGCUUGGCAUCUGAUGAUGAAGAAGAAGAAGAAGAGGAGGAGGAUUGUAACUCAUAUGAUGGCAGUUUCAUUGAUGACCAGAUAAAUUCUCCUGCAGUGGACACUCAAGCUAACUCUUGUAGAAUGGACAUGAUGGCAAUUUACAGGCGUUCUUUACUUACUCAAUCCCCAAUGGAGCUAUUGCCAAAAGCGUGCAGUUAUCUCAGUCCAGAUUCUUUGGCUACAAGAAGUGUGAAAGCAGUAACUACAAGCUCUUCAGGAACAAUGGAUCACCGAACACCCCAAACAGGCUUAGAGUCAACAACUAGAAAGUCAGAAGUCGUGCCUUAUGGAACAACAUCUGCAUGUCCUUUAGGAGAGAAUGGGAGCAAGACGGGGAGUCAAAAACGCAAAUUUAGUUCUUGUGAAACUAGUCCACUACCCGCACGGGAUUUGGCAAGUGAUUUCUUGCAGCAGAAUGGAGCAGGGGGGAGCCACUCUCCCUUGCCGGUACAAGAACAUAACAAAAUUGAAAAUGGGAACUUGCUGGAUGAUGAUGAGUUUUUUCAAGGUAUUGAUCUUGAUGUGAUCGAAGAAGAAGCCGCUAGAAUGCUUCGGCAUAAACCACAAAGCGUCUCAGUUCACAAUCAACCCAUUUCAAUUCCAGUUCCUCAAAACGUUGGUAUUAGCGAUUCUCCUUCAUUUGAUCUUGGUUUUUAAUUUUUGGACUAGAUUUAACAGUAGAGUAGCAGUGUCUAUACACCUCUUGUACAUAACUUAUACCUUGUAUGUGGCUUAUCCUUAUUCAUUAAUGGAUAAAAUCCACAGAAUAUGCAUUUUCAUGUAACAUUAACGCAACUUCACUUGUAAAGAAAUGAAAAUUUUGGCUGUUU